GUGAUGUUACUUGGAGACUCAGGCGUGGGGAAAACCUGCUUCCUGCUCCAGUUCAAAGAUGGGGCCUUUCUCUCCGGGACGUUCAUAGCCACCGUGGGCAUAGAUUUCCGGAACAAAGUGGUGGCUGUGGAUGGUGUGAAGGUGAAGUUGCAGAUCUGGGACACGUGGGGCAAUGCCUCUGCCUCUUCCCUUCCAGCCCUGCUCCUGCUCUACGAUAUCACCAGCAAGAUGUCCUUUGACAACAUCCGCGCCUGGCUGACGGAGAUCCACGAGUACGCCCAGAAGGAUGUGGUCAUCAUGCUGCUGGGCAAUAAGGCUGAUGUGAGCAGUGAGAGGGCUGUGAGGACGGAGGAUGGAGCAUCGCUGGCCAGGGAGUAUGGGGUGCCUUUCAUGGAGACGAGUGCCAAGACAGGCAUGAACGUGGAGCUGGCCUUCCUGGCCAUUGCCAAGGAGCUGAAGCAGCGCGCGGUGCAGCCGCUGGAUGAGCCCCGCUUCCAGAUCCACGACUACAUCGAGUCGCAGAAGAAGAAAUCCAGCUGCUGCGCCUUCGCCUGA